UUACACACACACACACACACACACACACCUGCUCGGAACCAUGACAGAAGAUGACGGAUACAGUUGUCGCGGAGGGACAAGUCAAGUUUAGAGACGGAAAAAAGUGGAAGACUCGCUGGGUCGUGAUUCGGAAGCCCUCUCCGGUCGCAGACUGUCUGUCGCUGCUCGUGUACAAGGAGAAGAAGAAGGGGAAGGCCAGCGGCCACAAGGAGAGGCUCAAUGUGACGCUGGAGGGGAUCUGCGGAGUAGAGCCGGGGCCCGGCUAUGACGGUGUGUCCUACACUCUCACCAUCCUCUGCCUGGCGAGGGCGCUGGUCCUGGGCUUCAACAGCAGAGACGCCCUGCUGGCCUGGGACGCCCAUGUCCGCUACAGCCUGGGAGAAGUCCACAGAUUCAGUGUCAACGUUGAACCUGGUACCAAACUGGAAAGUGGUCCCGCCUCCCUCCACCUGUGCAACAACCUAUUGGUCCUCACUAGAGGUCUCCCUCCUGUCGUCAUUGGCCACUGGAAGUUGUCGGCGUUGCGGCGCUAUGGUGCUGUGCCUAAUGGCUUCGUGUUUGAGGGGGGGACUCGCUGUGGAUACUGGGCAGGAGUUUUCUUCUUGUCCUGUUCAGAAGGAGAGCAGAUCAGUUUCCUGUUUGACUGCAUCGUCAGCGGUGUCACCCCCAGUAGAGCCCCGCAUGGCCUCAGACCUUCCCUGCCAGCAGACCUCAGUGCAAACCCAGCUUCAGCAGAGGAACGAAUCAACCAGGAGGCGUCGGAGCUGGAGAAAAGACUCAGCAUGUUGUCUCAGUGCAGCCUGGCCAGCAGCAGCAGCAGCAGCAGCACAGCCUCAACUUACAGCUGCAGCACAUCUGUUGCCGGGGACGACCACAGCAGCAUCUCCAGCUCCUCCUCCAGCCAAUCAGACACGAGCUACGGGAGCAGACUUCCGUUCUGGGUGGAGCCGUUAGCAAGACUGCACCUGUCCAGUGAGACCGUGUCAAGCUCCUCCACCCUGAAAGUGCUGGCCAGUUCAGAUGAUCGGCUCUACACUGCUGUGAUGGGAGGCCCUGGGACUCGUCCCUCCUCCGCCCAGCUCCAUCCUCGUGGUCUCCAUGACAGCGGGCGACAGAGCUCAUUGGACAGUGGCAUUGGGAUAGCCACGGGCAGUCAGUCGUCUUACUCAGGGAGCUGCUCCUCGUGUACAGGGAGUCUGGACGCGGCCAGUCAAGGAGGAGGGGAGGAGAUUGACUCUGUGGCUAGCCAACCUGCUCCUUCUUCACCUCUUACUGCUCCUCCCCCCUCUCCUCCACCUCCUUCUUCACCUUUUCAGUCCACACUCACCCCAGACCGCAGUGCUGCUAACUCCCCCUGCUCCGCCUGCUCUUUCCCCUCCAGGUCUAGCUCACGUGCAUCUGGUAGGCACAGUGAGGACUACCAGAUCCCCAGCCUGCUCAGACCGCGGUACGACACCCCCAGGAGUCUCCUCCACACCCUGCACCUGAGAGAAACCCCAGCCCAGGGAGCCCCACCUGAGCCGGGCAGGGACAGCAGGAGCAGUGGAGAUAGAGGGGGAAGUCAUGGGAUGAGUGGCAGCACCUUAGGACCGAGCUCCAGGCCCCAGCGUCAGGCCGUGCUGCAGCACUCACACUCCUGGGGCAGUGAGAGGGCGCCCUCUGUGGACAGUGAGGGGAGGUCCACACCCAGACCCCUGCUCGCACUUGGAGGCCUGCCUCGUGAGGAAACACAGUGCAGUGCAGACAACUACAUUACACCGGAGCAGUGGCGUUCAGUGAGGAAUAGAUGCUUGACCCAGGCUGCCAACCCACCACCAUUAUUCGUCUCACCUGCAGAUACACAAGAUGCGCGUCUCUAUGUGAGAGAGGAACAUGACGACACUGCGGACGUGGCUCUGAAGAAGUCGUCGGCCUCUCGGUCCCCCUCUGUCCCUCCACCUCUACCCAUCACACUGAGGCCAACAUCAGCCGGUGGUAUGUUCCGGUCUCCCUGUGGAGCUCCUCCGUCUGUGACCCCAGACACUGGGCUCCAUAUUGACAGGACUAUCAAUUAUGUCAACGUCCUGCCGUUUAAACCAAACAGAGAGCUGCUGCACAGUGAGAUGGACUUGCAGGAUUCCAGCUCAGCUCCAGUCUCCAGUCUGCACCGUGAUGUCACAGAAGAGGGCUCCCUCAGGUACGCCCACCUCGACCGUGCUGCCAUGGGAACAGCUCAGAGAGUGGGGGCGGAGCAUGACCAGGGCAGAGAGGACAGACUGACUCAGCAGGAGAACAGGCGGCGAGGCCACCACACUGAGUGCAAUGACUGAGUUGAUGACACUUUAAAAAAACGUUGUCAUUACUGACUCUCUCCAUCUCUCUGAAUAAGCUUCAUGCUCAAGUGCAGGUGAUCAUCACACUUAAACACACACACACACACACACACACACACAGUUGUACCAGUGUACAAUAAUAUUUCCACAAACAAUCCAUUCCAAUAUAAAGAAGAAAAUAGGACAUGUCUGGAUAGUUUUUUAUGCAGCUGCCAUCAUGGAUGUGUUUUGUUUAUAUGCUCUAAUUUCUCUAUAUCUAUAGAUUAGAAUUUGUUGCCUUUUUAACCUAGUUUUGUUGGCUGCAUGGCACUUACAAACACUGUGGCAACUGUUGACGAAGGAACUAUUUUCUAUGCUCCUCUUUUAAGAUUCUCUCAGGAUGACUGCAGAUCUGCAUAUGAUGAAGUAAUACAUGACACCACAAACUACUGUUUACCACUGAUAUUACAGACGUGAGACACUGGUGUCAUUUGUUAGAAAUUCUUGUUGUGGAUAGUUCUCAUUGUUUGGGUGUGGCUGUAUUUGUUGUUGCCUCUCUCACAGAGUUAGCAACUGCCAUUGUUUUAUUUCAUACUAUUUAUCACAGGUUUGGUUCACACAAUGAGAUCAAGCCCUUCUUCCCAUCGCACUGACACCUGCAAUCAAGUGCUGAGAGUCCCAGAUAGCUCGUCAGUCAUUCCACAUAAGAGCUUUAAAGUAUUCGAUUGAAGUAAGCAGCUUAGAGUUAUAUCUCGGGUGCAAAUUAUAUUAAACCGGGCCCAUGUGAGCCAAGCA